CAAUGCACACGAUACCAAUGUAACCCGGUUUCUGAAAACGGAUCGGUUCAUUCGAUUUUAAAAAAUGUCCGAGUUGAAUGUUAUGGUCAAAUCUGCGGAUAUGUCUGAAGAAAUGCAACAAGACGCAAUUUAUCAAGCCCAACAGGCUAUCGAAUCGUAUCAUGUGGAAAAGGAAAUUGCAGCGUUCAUCAAAAAGGUGUUUGAUAAAAAAUACACAACACACUGGCACUGCAUAGUGGGCCGAAAUUUUGGAAGCUACGUGACGCACGAAAAUAAUUACUUCAUAUACUUUUACGUCGGAAAUUUGGCCAUUUUGCUGUUCAAAACGGCAUGAUUUCAAUGCAACUUCUCAGGACAACUCUCUACGGCAGAUCAAUUAUAUAAAAUUCUAACCUACUGUGGUACUCCAUUGUGGAAUCAAGUUUGUACCAUAUUGACCACCUCCCUCUUAUUUCAAUUAUGCUUCAAAUAUAAGGCGAUUAAUUGAUUUACU